GAAGCCCUUGAUGCCAAACUUCAAGACCAGCGAAAGGCAUCCUUAGCCGAGCACGCCGAGGUCAAGGAGCUGCGCAUGCGCUUGCGUGUGUCCGAGCACGAGCGGCAGCAGAUCACGCAACGGCAAGGGGAUGCGGGCGAGCUCAAGAAGGCGCUGCACUCACUGGAGACUCGGCGAAAGCAGGAGAUCCGCGAGCGCGACGAGCGGAUAGAGGAGCUGGAAAAGGCCGCUUCGCGAGAGAAGAAGGCGAGGGACGCGGCGGAGGCCAAGCUUCAGGAGGCCUUGAGAAAGGCGGAGAGCGAGCGCGAUGCUGCGCAAGCGACGGCUAAGGCGUUGCAGGCCGAGCGACAGAAGCUGGAGGCCGACGCGAAAUCCGCGCAGGAAUCCGCCGAACAAGUCCGCGAGGAGUGCGAGGCUCGGGAAGAGGACAUCCUCGAGCAGCUCGAGCAGCAUCAAGCCCUCGUUGCGCGGGUCAGCGAGGAGUAUGCCCGUCUGGCGCGCGCGAAACGGCAAAUCGAGGAUGCUCGGCGCCAUGAUGCUAUGUUCGCCGCCUUUCAGUUUGAGCGCCUUCAACGGAAGCUUGCCAACUCCGAAGGCCAGGUCAUCGAGCUCGCGUACUUGGUGCGACAAGUCAAGACCGACAAUGCGAUGCUCAAGGCUCAAGUGGCGGAAGCGGAGGCCGAGAUCUCCCUCACGCAGCAAUCUCUCGCAGACGCUGGGGCGACCUCAUAUACCCCAGAGGUGGCUGCAGAUAUCGCGUCCGUCAUGCGAGCUAUCGCAGACGAGGAGGCCGAGUCGCAGCGCUGCAUCGCGGAGGUCGAUGUCAAGUCGCGCGAGCUCCUCCACGCCUACGAGAAGGUCCUCCGCGAGGAGACCGCCGUAGCCUACGCCCUGGCGGACCGCGAGACGCUCGUGCAGUCCAUGAUCCUGCACAUCGACGAGGUCGACAUCCUCGCCUUGCGCAAGGACCUCUCGGAGGUUCGCAAGGAGCGCGACGAGGCGGCCUCGAAAGUGCGCACCGUGGAGGCGGAGGUUGGCCGGCUGGUGCAGGCGCAGGCGGAGACGGAGUCGCGGUUAGUCGUGGCGGAGGCGGAGGCGCGCGCGGCGUCGGCGAGGCAGUUGCAGGCGGUGACGCGGGAGAGGGAGGUGACGCAGCGGAUGAACACGUCGCUGCAGCAGACGAGGCAGGCGGAGCAGGGGCUGAGGGCGAAGAUCAAUGCGCUUACUGCUGAGUUGGAGGAGGCCGUCGAGUACAAGGAUGCGUAUGAGCAACUUGUCGAGGAGGCGCAUGUUCUUGCCUCUCGCAAUGAGAUUGCGGAGGCUGAGGCACGGCAGCUCAUGAAGGCGAACGCUGACAUCCUUGGGCACGGCAAUCCUUCCCAGCGCAUCGUCUACGUCGACAAGAUCCGGAACGAGCUCCACGGUGCACGACAGGAAAUCGCCCGCCUCCGCGCCGAGCGCGAGGCCUUCCUCAACAAGCACGCCGCGCUCCUGCAAGAGCUCGACAGCUACAAGUCCGUCAUGGUCCCCAUCGACGGCCGGCCGAAGACGCACAUGACGCGCGUCGCGCGCCUGCCGCUGGCGAGUAGGGCGAACGAGGGCGAGGGUGAGAGUCGCAGUGAUGGGGAGAACGUUGUGGACAGGCUGGCUCAUUGAUAUUGUUUUCAUUAGUGUUGUAUGUUGCGUCGCCGCCGGGAACGCCGGGUCGUUGAGUGG